CUCUAACAGGUGAAGCCAAAAAUUUAAUUUUUCUCCGGCACACAAAAGCAUCAGCAAACCUGUUGCUCAUAUUUUCCGUACAUGAUAAAAUCUGUUUAUAAUAGUGAUAAAAACGCAUAUGACAUGUAGUUACGAGUCUUUACUGAGAUAGCACUAUGUAGUCUGAAUAUUUAUGCUCUCAUUAUUUUUGACUCCGAACGUUAGUCUCUUAAUCUGCAUGCUCGUAAGUCCAGAUGAAAGGUAGGGAGACAAACAUGACAUUACUUUGGAUUUCUUUGGUAACUGGAUCUGUGACUAUACAUCUGUAGUUAAGUUGGAUAAUUUCCCACUGGUUCAUCUCGUUUUUCUUAUGGUUUGGAUUUCAUCAGAAGCACAAAUAAUACAAAACUAUAAGUAUAGGUCUGUGUAUAGAAUUGUACAGUAUUUGCAUAUGUCUAUAAUUGUCUUCUAAUUUACUCUAAUUUCAAAUGACGCAUCUUUAUUUUAGAAAUAUUUAAAAAUCUGGGAUCACUCUGUAGAACGGAUUUCCGAGAAAUGAUCGCAGCUGAUAUAAAUAUUUUGCAAUCAAAGUUUACCACCCUCUUCAAAACCUCUAGAAAUCGAGUGCAUUUAGCAUUUUUGCAACAGUUUAGCAAUGCCGUUAAUUCAUUCCAACAUGAAUACCAGUCAGUAUUAAAAGAAUUCGAAUUGAGAACAAUAAACUUCUUGGUGGUCAGAAAUGUGCACAAAUGUUCAUGUAAUACGAAAAUUGGUUUAUGGAUUGAAGAAAUAAAUGAUUUUAUCUAUAAAUUUGAAGACUUAAAAAGGUCUCUUGCUAUUCUACAAAGUAUUUUUGAAUCGUCAUGCAGGCUUGUAUAUCAUGUGUACCAUGAUAAUCAUUUUUCAUUUGAAUACGCUCAAGAUGAAAAACUGACGUAUCUAUUAGACAGAUUGAAAAGCCUGACAGGAUGGUUAAAUCUGGCAGCUACGGGGAAUGAUAAUUCUAAGCCGACUGGAGUCAAUUCACACGAUGUUAAAUAUCGUUUUAAGUAUUCGACUUUGAUAGAAGCCUUAGAUUUACAUCAUGAUUGUUACCAGUCCUCCUAUUGUCCAAUACCAAUUAAUGAAAAGUGUCUGUCGAUACAGAAUUUACAUUGUGUUCAUUACACUGAUAGGAUAAAUCAAGAUAUACAAAGAACAUGGAAUUUACUAUGUGACUGCUAUUGGUUAGUAUUAACAUCCAAAUUAUCCGAAAUGAAUGCUUAUUUAUCAAAUAUCAACAGUGAAUGGACUGAAAAGAAUGUUACAUCAGAUAUUCAAUCUCCGCAUUGUUAUGCUGUAACAAGGCGAUGCAAUCGAAUAAUUUACAAUCUAUUACAACAGUUAUUAUCCUAUCCAACUGCAUUGAGCGUUUUCAAUUCAAACAAGGAGUGUCUCAGUGAAAUGUACAAUAAUCUAAGCAUUAUGAUAAAAUAUGCAAAUGACAAGAGUAUUAUCGAAGACAAACAACCUGAUGUUUUAGAACUGCGGAUGGAUGUAAUCAGUAGAAAGCUCUGUACCUAAAUUUCAUGCUUGCUGGUAAAGUACAUCUAAAAAUUUCAAAAGAAUUGAUGUUAUCUCGGAGAUUUAAACCUGCAUAAAUCCAUACUGUUGUUGAAGACGUUACGACCAAGCUAGUAGGUUUCAAGGGUGAUCUUCUAUAGGACUGUAAUAGAUGCACUGUAUACUCCAGUAUUAGAUUUGAACCAUCUAACACCGAUUCAAAGUGCACCAUGAUGAUGGGUUACCUAGUUUGGUGAUCAUUUUGCAUCACUGACUGAUAGAAUCCAAUCACAACUGAUACAAAGGACCAGAAUCAUGCCAUCGGUUGCUUCCUACUGAUCACUCAGUGUUCUCAAAAUUACCAUUCCAGAUGGGAUUCAUAAAUGAAAUUUUGGAAACAUUUAUUUCCCGAUACGAAUUUAAAACAGGCAACAAAGGUUAAUAAAUUGUCGAAACCUUCAGAGUAUUUACUUCCAGAAUAUUUCCUCUUUAUACACGGUUUUCAUAUAAAGUAAUAAUCUAAAGGGUAUCGGACGACGAAGCGUUCCUGCAUCUGAAGGAAAAACCUAUUUACUAAGUAUUUUCUUCAUUAUUUCGUCAAAUAAUUGCAUAAUAUUUAGUUGGAGGUUAAUUAAAUAAGCGGGUGACUUCAUUUAGUUUUUUUUGUUCUUUCACAUUCCCAGUGGAACAUGGGGCUUCAAGCUACAGACUUCAAGUUUACGUAGCAGUGGUGAUUAUUUUUACAGAAUGGGGUUGCUAGCCUCAUGCCCAACCUUUUCUCUUUAUCAGUCUUGUUACUGGCUCAGUGAGGUUAAGAAGUGCGUCUGUGGCCGGGGAUCGAACUUCGGGCCAUACGCAUGGUCGGAGAGCAUCACAACCGCUGUGCCAGCGACGCACUCCUUCAUGUUGUGGUCAUCUGGUAUAAUUGCACGAAUGAAACAAUAGGAGAUACAGAAGAAAUACAGUUUCACGGUUGGAAAUUCUGGUAGCUCAGUGAGUAAAGCAGGCCGCUUUGAGUCUGCUUUUAACUCACAAUCCAAUUAUCGCCACGCUAUCCAGUUAAGCCUUGAUCAGAGUUCAUAUAAAUUUAUUAAAUAUUUACUUCAAAUGUUAUUCAGGCGGCUUCUGUCUUUUUUCUUUUUGCCACUAAAGACAAAUUUUUGUCAACUACUGGAAAAGUGGAAGAGUAUUCCAAAUCACUUUAUUCAGUCUUCACUCGAAUGGAUUCCUUGUUUCGAAUAAGUCUUACCAAAUUUCCUUUAAAUAAUUACUAAUCAAGAUUCUCUGAUAAAUUUUAUCACUUAUCUGCUUCCUCAUUUAUAUCUGUCAAAUCCCUUCAAACAAACACUUGACAACUAAUCUGAUUCUCACUAAGGACUGGCUCUACACAGGAAGUUCUCGUGAGAAGUCGUAACUAGCGGGCUCCAUUAAGUCAGGUAAAUGAACAGUUACUUGCUUGUGAUAUUG